AUGGGACUGAGCCCGACUGUCAGGAGGUCAAGAAAGUUUUCCAGCGGCGACAGAUCGGCCCGUCCAGGUGGCUGCCAGGGAGUCCCAGGCCAGGUGAGCACCGAACCACCUACCAUCAUCUGUUUGACAUACCAUCAGCCGUCUCCCCCCCCCAGGACUGAGCCCGACUGUCAGGAGGUCAAGAAAGUUUUCCAGCGGCGACAGAUCGGCCCGUCCAGGUGGCUGCCAGGGAGUCCCAGGCCAGGUUCUGAUCUUCAAGUGUGCACAUCAAAGGAUCUAACAUGCUGUACAAGAAAAAUGGAGGAGCGAUACCAAGCAGCAGCUCGUCUAGACAUUCAAAAUUUGCUUCAAACAUCCAGCUCGACACUGAAAUUUUUAAUAUCACGCAAUGCAGCCACUUUUCAAGAGUCUUUUCAGAAUAUCAUUUGGCAUGCAGAGAAUAACACCAAGAUGCUGUUCAGAACGACCUACCGGAAUAUGGCCUUCCAAGCAGUUGCACCAAUUCAAGAACUAUUCACUGAUGUUGCACUCUUUGUUUUUGGCUCAGAGAUGAAUGUCGACGAAUUUGUUAAUAGAUUUUUUGAUAGUCUCUUUCCAUUGGUCUAUAAUCAUCUAAUCAAUCCUGCCCUCACUGACAUCUCCCCAGACUUUGCAGAAUGUGUACGGAUGGCAAGGAAGGACCUUAAUCCAUUUGGUAAUCUUCCAAAAUUAAUAACGAGUCAAAUGUCAAAAUCUCUAAUGGCUAGUCAUAUGUUCCUGCAGGCCUUAAAUUUAGGAAUUGAAGUUAUCAACACAACUGAUCACUUACAGUACACUAAAGAAUGUAGCAAAGCUCUGCUGAAGAUGCUAUUCUGCUCCCAUUGUUAUGGAAUGACAAAUGGUAAGCCGUGCAUGGGCUAUUGCCUGAAUGUGAUGAGAGGAUGCCUUGCUGCAAUGGCAGAAAUUGACCCACACUGGCGGGAGUACAUCAGGUCACUGGAGGAUCUGUCAAAUGGAAUACAGGGAAGUUAUGAUAUAGAACACGUUUUGCUGAAUCUCCAUUCAUUAGUGAAUGAUGCGAUUAUGAAUGCUCAAAUCAACGGGCCAAAAUUGUCAGCAAUGGUAAAUAGAGCCUGUGGACAUCCUGUUCGAAAGCCCACUCAACCUUUGGAACACCAAACAGAUCCUUACAAUGUUAAACCUGGGCUGAAAAUCACUCAUAAAGAAGAUGAGGAGACAUUAUCCAACAGAAGAAAAGAGUUCAUCAAUAGUCUACGGUUAUACAGGACUUUGUACGGUGGAUUGGCUGAUCAAUUGUGUGUCAAUGACUUAGCAGCUGCUGAUGGACUAACAUGCUGGAAUGGAGAAGAUCUCGUGAAUAGCUAUACACACCAAGUUGUUGGCAAUGGCAUCAAAGCUCAGUCAAGCAACCCAGAGGUGAAAGUGAAAGGAACUAACCCUGUCAUAAAUCAGAUUGUCGAUAAACUGAAGCACAUCAAUCAGCUGCUGCAGGGAAAGGUGAUCCCCAAGUAUGAGCAAUGGCAUUCAGCAGAAGAAGGCAGUGGACAAGUAGAUCAUGAUGACAUCCAGAUCAGUGGGGACUGUGAUGAUGAGGAUGGCUGCAUUGGAUCAGGAAAUGGAGAAGUGAAAAAAUCUUUCAAAACGUCUGAAUCUUCAGCAGGGGUCCACGAUGAGAACAAUUGGCAAAAUGCCAUUAUCGAUGACGUUGAUGCAACCUCACAGACAGAAGACGAUGCUUAUUCAAAUAAACCUGGUGCAGGAGCCCAGCACUCAAGUGGAAAUGUUAUGGUUACUCUGAUCAAUUUGGUGGCUUUAAUUCUUUUUUGGUAAAUUCACAUCUUUCUAUUUUUGAAUUACACCUUUUAGUUAAAUAAUGGAAAACAGCAGCAAUGCAGAGAAUAAUGGCAAUGAUGUGCUUUAGCUUUUGCAAUACUGUUUGUUUCAAUUGUUUUACUUUAUUGAAAAUGUGCUGCAAAAUUGAGAUAUGUUAGUUCCAUUUAUUUUUGUAACAGCCUUCCACCACAGUCAGCUUCGUACACAUAUUUUUCCAUUCUUAUUGCUGCAGUGUGUAGUUAAUUUGGGUCAAUUUUCUGUUUUGAAAAGUAGAAACACCAAGUUGGAAUUUUAGCUUUUGAAGUUAGGGGAGUGAUGAAAACAUCAAAAAUGGGAGGUAACCCUAUUCUGCCCUUCGAGCCUGAUCUGCUAUUCAAUAUGAUCAUGUCUGAUCAUCCAACUCAGUAUCCUGUUUCAACUUUAUCCCCAUUCCACUUAAUCCCUUUAGCCAUAAAAGCUGCUGACUGCUUCUUGAAGCAAUCCGAUGUUUUGGCCUCAACUGCUCUUCCUGUGGCAGAGAAUUCUAUAGGCUCACCACAUUCUGGUGAAGAAAUUUCUGCUUGUCUCAGUCUUAAAUGGCCUACCCCAUAUCCUUCAGCUGUGAUCAAUUGGUAUGUCAAUAUUUCUGGCCUCCCUGAUCAUUGGGAAAAAUCCUUUCUGCAUUUACCUUGUGUUUUAUCUCAUCUAACGCUGGUAUCAGCCUGUGAUGCCAGGAUGAAAUUUCACCAAGUGUGAAUGGAGGCAAGUCAAAUGGGAAUUCCACCUGCAAUUUUGAAACAAGCCAUUAGAAGCUGUUUAAGAUGUUUGAGAACGCCACUGACUACAAUAUUACAAGCCCCAUCAAAAUAAUUUGAUUUCCGCAGGGGUGGUAUGGUUGGUGUAGUGUGGGGAGAGUCAGAUGAAUAUCAGAACCUUGUUAGAAUUUAAAGGGCAGCAAUAGGGCAGUGAUCCCUCAGCAGACAUUCAUCAAGACCUUUUGGAGUAGGCCAAUGUUACAGACUUGUUGUCAUAAUGUUAUAUACUUAUCCUUGGAGGACAUGGGAAUAUAUAUCAGCUUCCCUGUUGCUGCAGCCAGUUGAGGUGCUGGUGUUACCAACACAGGGGUUGAGGAGUCACUCUCCACAGCCUGAGAGGAAUCCCCAGAUAUAGAAGGCAGCCAUUCAUCCGUCACAAGGCACCGUUCUACCAUUGCUAAGCUGAGGUGGAUGAGGAGCUGAUGGAUACCAUGUCUUGUUGUCCUCUCGCCUUACCAAGAUGCCAUUAUUUUAUGGAUGAAGCAAUGGCAUGCAGCUGUCUGCACUUUUCCAGUAUCUGCUAAUUGGUCUGCUGGAUGUGACUCUCUACAAGCGUUAACAGUCUCUCGAUGAUGGAGGCCACUGCACAGACCAGUGAGAAAUUACAGCAGUCAUGCAUUAGAUGGUUUCCUUCACUGUCUCACCAAGGAUUUCCUCUGGAAUCUUUGUCAGAUAUCAUACAUCUCAACCUUGGUCUCUGCAUGGACUUGGCCUCACUUGGCAGUCCUCACUUUCUCUCAUCAUGGGUUUGGCCUCCCAUCUUCUCUGAUUGUCUGUCUGUAGUCAGCUAGUUGGACAUGUGUGUACUGCUUGGACCCAAAUCCUUUGUGGGGCACACUCACUCCCAGGUAUCAGGUAGCAUCUGAGCUGGUAAAGGGAUGGGAACACAGAUGUGACACUGAGGCUUCCUCAUUACUCUUCAUAAAUGAACAGAUGUUGCCAUAGAAUUUGCAGCUCCCUGAUCCUGUGAAUGACCAGACCCCUAGACCCUCUGGGCAAGAGUCCAUAGAGCUAAUUGCAGCUCAAGCAGAUUGUUAUUAUUUGGAAACUGCAGGCAUAAUUCAUGCUGCUUCCUCGAUGGCCUUUCCAAAUUCUCCUUUCUCAGAUGGUACGACUGUCUCACAUACCUCAUUAGAAUGGUUGCUCUUGUAUACUGUCAGUUCUAGUGCCUUCCCCUCCUUUUUAGGAGUCAGGGUGGUGACGAUUAGGGCUAUUCAACCAUCAUUCUGACAUUCUUGAUGUUUGCUCCUUAGAAACACAGGUGGAUAAUAUUACUGACCAAACCCAAUUUUACAUCACGUUGCCUGGAUGCUCCCAUGCUACUGACAUGCAUGUGGCAUUGGACCAAUCUGGACCUGCCUUGCAAGGACCUGCAGUGCCUGGCUUAUCCCCCAUGGCAAAGCUGCAAAUAUCCCUUUCCUACAAGAUACUGCAUUCUGUACCCAUGGUCAUUGCCCGCAAGUGGCAUUGCAGCUCAGUUUUCCAAUAGCUUGAUAGCUGCCUUCCUCUGUAUUCUCCCUUCAGGUUUUGCUCAGAAUGAUAGGAAGGUUUUAGCACAGUGAGAGGACAGUCAGCCCAUCGUGUACUUUAUUAAGUCCCCAAAUAAUAUUCCAUGUUUCAGCAAAAUCACCUCCCAUUCUUCUAUAGUCCAAUGGGUACAGGUCCAACCUAUUCAAUCUUUCUUCAUUAGACGGCUGCUGAAGAAGGGCUUAUGCCCGAAACGUCGAUUCUCCUGUUCCCUGGAUGCUGUCUGACCUGCUGCGCUUUUCCAGCAACACAUUUUCAGCGGCUGCUGGUAUCAGCCUAGUGAACCUUCUCUGGACUGCCUCCAAUGCCAGUUUAUCUUUUCAUACUACCAUACGUGCUCCAAUAUUUCUUCUACAGAAAUGUGGCAAAUUAUUUUAGUAAAGAUGCAACAGGAUGCAAAGUUGCUCAAAAAGAAAAAUCAAAUAACUGGAGCCUUCCAAAACUUAAUAAUCUAAUUCAACUAGUUAAACAGAUUUGAAAACAGCAAAAAGACUAAAAUGAAUUUGAGAUUCAGGUUAACUCUUCAACAGCUGGUAUUCCUUCAUGCAAUUCAGAACACAAUGUAUAUGCAUGUUUCAGAUCAUACGUAAUGAAAGUGAAGUAUUCCCACAAAGUACACUUCCUGAACAUUCCUGAAAUAGUAUAAGUCAGACUGGUGCAAAAAAAAAUUCUAUUUGUCAAUUAAGCUAUUCUCAAUUUAUCUUCUUUUUGUUUUUCUUUCUUCUUAUAUUUUAAAUUUACUCAUUACAGGGCUUCAGGAGAAAAAAUCCUAUAAUUAUCUGCACCAUGAAAAAAAUAGAUUAAGGUUUAUGGAGUUUUAAAGCAAAAUAUAAUCAAAUAAAACAUUUGAUGUAAUUCAUUGACAUUGUGCAUACAGGUGUACAAUUGAUCAGAUAGUUUCAAAGUGCAUCUUGACUCCAGUAUGUUUGAGACAGUGUGAGACAUAAAGCUGCACCCAGAGCAGCCUAUUUUGCAGCAAACAUAGAGUCAUAGAGAUGUACAGCAUGGAAACAGACCCAUCGGUCCAACCUGUCCAUGCCGACCAGAUAUUCCAACUCAAUCUAGUCCACCUGCCAGCACCCGGCCCAUAUCCACCCAAACCCUUCCGAUUCAUAAACCCAUCCAAAUGCCUCUUAAAUGUUGCAAUUAUAACCAUGAUCAGAAUUGGUUCCAAAGAGUCUCUUUGAGCUACACAAAUGCAACACUAUGUCAACGUCUCCUGAUAGAGCAUGGUGAUUUCCCUUUAAAAGUAUAGUGAGUGGAGGCAAGUUUAAGUAUGUGUAAAAUCGAUCCAGUCACUUAAUAUCUCUAAGUGUGAUUGACCAAGAAGCUAUCCAAACUUCUCCGUUCCGACCAGAAUAGCUUUCAUUACAGACAAUAAUGUUUGAAACAAUGGUUUUAAAAUGUUGGGAUUUUACAGUUAGAUUGGUAUAUUGGUUUUAAUAAAAUAAUGGUUAUUUCAUUACAACAAAUUAUUUGUUUGCAAUGGGUACAGAAAACUCUAAAACAAACUUAUGGUAUUUAAUUAAAUAAUGUCUUUAUAAAACAAGAGAAAAGCUUUGUGACCAAGUAAUGUAGUGUUUGAUAGAUGGGUCCAUAUUGCUGUUUACCCACUGAUUCCUUUUCUUUGCAAGCAUGCAUGGGCUGUUGGUUUGCAUGUACUUAUUUUAUUUUGAAUUACCAUUAUACAGAAAAUGUUAAAAUUUUAAAUAAUUUUGAAAGAUAACAGUUCUAAACUAUUUCUGUUUGCUAAAAUCAUCAGCUACUAUAUAAAUAUGAAAAUAUUGACUUUGAAGAGUGAAGGAUCCAUUUUUUGAAAACUGAGCUUGCAUUUGAACUCAAAUAUUCCAUUCUACAAUGAUCUAAUGUUAAAUAUGAAAUGGCACAGUUCUCAUUCAAGUGAAACGUUCUUAUGUGAGAAUAAUCAACCUGAUAGCUGUGGUAAGCAAAGAUUAUUUUUGAGUGUCUUACAAGUAUAAACAGGUCUUUCAGCCCACCAUGUCUAUGCUGAUCAACAAACACUAUACUACACUAUUCUCAUUUACCUGCAUUUGGUUCAUCGAUUCCUAUGCCCUGGCAUUUAAAUUAGUCAUCAGCUGUUGCGAGUGUACUUACCUCGACCACCCUCUCAGGCAACCCUUUCAGUUUAUCUACCGUCCUUUGGAUGAAACAAUUUUUCCACAGAUCUCCUCUAAACCAGUUACUCCUCACCUUAACCUUAUUCUCUCUGGUCUUAGACAAUGAGGAAGAGCGUCUCACAAUCUACUGUGUCUCUGCCUCUCAUAAUUUUAAAUACCUCAAUCAGACUCCCUCUCAGCCUCCUCUGCUCCAAGGAAACAAAUCCAGUCUAUCCAGUCUCUCCUCAUAACUGAGACUUUUCAUCACCAGCGACAUCUUGAUGAAGCUCCUUUGCACCUUUUCCAGUGCAGUCAUGUCUUUCCAAUAGUGCAGUGACCAGAACUGCAAACAGAAUUCCAUCUGUGGCCUAACUAAUGUUUUAUUAAGUUGUAAUAAGACUUUCUUAAAUCUAUAUUCUCUGUUCUGUUUGAUGAAGGCAAGCAUCCCAUAUGCACCCUUCACCACCCUGUCUCCCUGUGCCGACACGUUCAGGGAUCUGUGUAUUUGUACACCAAGGUCCCUUGAUUUCUCAUAAGUCCCUAAGGACAUACCAUGCAUUGCAUACAUCGUUCUCUUAGGUCACCUAAAAUGCGCUACCUUGCACUUAUCAGGAUUAAGUUCCAUUUGCUGUUGUCCUGCCCAAUUUACCAGCUGAUCAAUGUCAGACUGUAG